AUGAACAACAGAGGCAACAUUGAUGUUCGCCGCGAUUCAGAAGACAGACCCUUCGUAUACUUGGAGGAUCUGGAGGACCUUGAUGUUGUGGCGUUUUUGGGAGAAAAGCUCAAGCAGACACAGGAAAGUCAUCAAACCUUUGAAGAAUUUUUGUCGUAUGCAGUUUGCUGCAUCAUAGAAGAUGAUCCUGCGCCAGAUUCUUUUGAACGCGCCAAAAAAAUUCUGACUCGCUUUCCAGAAGCUGUGAUCAAUUCAUACGACUUUGACGAUUGUCCCUUGGCCUUCUGCCUGAGUUUUGACGGAUUUGAUGAUGUGCUGCUUGAUUUCAUGAUUGACUUGGUCAAAAGCUUGCCAGGGACCAUUGAUCAAUUCCAGUUCCGGGAUCAAUUGGAGAUGAGGGAUUUUAGUGAGGAUAUGAAUCUGGACAGUAGGCCUUCUAUGGGCGAUGAGGUUGCUAUGCAAGCAAUUGGAGCGAUUGUGACCAAAGCCAGGAGAUUUGAUGAUUAUUGGGGGCAUUGGACAGCAGAAGAACUGGCACCAUUCGUCGCUUUGUUCUUUCGCCAAACAUCGGUUGUUGAAGGGCUCACCCUUGACUUGGAUAAUUUCCUUGACUCGCCACUACCCCAAAUCAUGACAUCCAUCAACAAUGAACCCGACAAAGCUUCAUCAUGUUGUAUCAAAGACCUAACAAUCUUCAUGAAAGGGUGUUGUUUUGAUCUGGCGCCUUUGGUAUCACGCAUGGAUCAGCUGAAUAAGCCUGACACUGUCAUUGGGGCGAAGCCCAAGUCAAGAAGAGGUCCAGUCGAUUUGCCAGAUUGUGCAAUGUAG